GUAAGUAAAUGGAAACAGGGUAAACCUCUUCCCUCUCAUUCCCCAAAUCUGACUCUCUUUAGAUCAAAUGGAAGAUAAGAAUACAACAGAGGACCAAAAGAAGGAUUAUGACAAGAUAAUGAUGAUGCUAGUUAGGAUCGGAGAUGAGAAAGUCGAACUCCUGGAUUCACAUAUCCAAAAGUUGACAGCUUAUUUAUGAAGUAAAAUAGAAGUCCAUGGCAGUGCCAUAGCUUACCACCUGCUGACCUGCAUCUCGAACAUUCCGCAGAAGGCGUUCAUAUAUGCAUAUAUACUUAAAUAAUAUGGCUGUGGAGGAAAACGAGCAUACUGUGAACAUAGUUAAUCAGGUUUUUACCAUGCUUAAUGAGAAAAUCUCACUUAAUGAGGAUGUUUCACUUAUUAUCAAGUUCUUUGGUGCCCUAGCAGACACUGGCUAUCUCAGCGUCUUAGCUAUGGACAAGUUACUCAAGCAGAUGCUUGAGUUUAGCGCUAAAUCUGCUGAGCAAUCACAAUCUAAUGACUACUUUUUGAACCUGGCUCUCAUUGGGUAUAUGUUCUCAGUCAGAGUCUUUAGAGAGAAUGCUGGAGCUGGUAAUACUCCUGAGAUUGAGAGUUUGCUUGAAACUCAUGUCCAGAAGAGAAAGGCUGAUCUUGAACAAGCUGGUCAAACAGAUAAAUCAGAUACAAUGAUAGAGCUGUACUGGAAGGCUAUCAAGCUUAGUCUUGAUUCGAACCAGGUUGCUCAGUCUCUUGAGGAAAACAUCUAUAGUGUAUACCUCCGUCCAUCACCUGAAUUCUGCCAGGAACUGGAUACUAAGGAGAUUUCAGCCAUUGAUAGUUUAUCAGACCUUACCAUAGAGGGAGAAUUACCACAGUUAAAGCUUCAAGGAUAUUUCGGAUUGUUUUCUCAGAGGUUCAUUAACCAAGUUGACAUUGUAUUCUACGCAGUUGCCAGGGACUUAGUUAAAAGUGUUCUUAUAGCAUUUGCUGAUAACUCUUAUUUUGCAUGUCAGAGACUAAUAGAGCUGAAGACCAUUCCUUUACUGUCAUACCUAAUCUGUGACUGUAUCAUGGAAGAAAUUCUUCGUGUUCCUGAGCCGAUCAAAAGAGUCAUUGUAUUCUCUAGUAUAUGUGUUACCAUGAGUAAAGAAUUUACUGUCGAAGGAGGAAGUUUCAACUUUGGUCCAGCGAUUGGUGAGACUAUCCAGCUAAUUUUUGGAGCCCAGUCUCCUGAAGAAGGAGAGAAUAUCGAAAACCUUAAGAAGAUAACCGAUAUGAACCUUGAACUUGUAGAUAGAGUACUGGAAUGGCUCAGCUUCUUCUUGUUCCAACAAGAGUUCAAUUGGGAUUGGAACUCAUGGGUUUUUGUUUGUGAGCAAGAUGACCAGAAUAUUCAAAAAGUGUUUGUAAGAAACCUUCUUGCAAAGUGCCUAAACCUGACCCAGCCUCAGGCUUUGUAUGACUCCUUGCCUGAAGGAUUAAAGGGGUUGAUUGAUCUGGACAAAAGUGGCACAUUCACUCAUAUUAAUGAAAAUAAGGACAAUUACGAUGCCCAGAGAAUUCUUGAGGAUAUGAGCACUAGAGAAAGAACAUUUGACAAGACUUCCUUCGAGGUUGAGGUGUCAGGGAACGACCUGAUCGACAUCUUCACUGAGUGCUUCCUGUACAAGACUCAGAAAUCUCUCAGACAUAACAAGAAACUAGCUGAUAAAUUUACACUGUUCAUUAAGGCUGAAUUCACCGAAGAGAGUGCUCAAGUGGUGGCUCUGCAGGCUAUUUUCAGAGUUUGGCAGAAAGAUGAAUAUAAAACAGUCAAUAUUGUCAACGAGUUUGUCAAUCUGGACAUUCUCAAAUCUCAGACAGUGAUAAAGUUCUGUUUUGAAAAAAUAAGAACAAAUCCAUAUACGAACAACAUGUACUGGAAGGAAUGGGCUAUUCUUCAGAAAAUCUUAAAGAAGCAGUUAGCCAAAUAUGACUGUUUAGCACAGAAAAGCCAAAAUAAAGAAGAAAAUAAGCAAGAGCAGCUUGAAGAUGACCAAAAAGAGCAGAUUAAGACAGACACUAAAGAGCUACUCCAAUGCCUCUUCAACAGCAUAGAAAUCUGUGUUAAGGAGAUUCAGGAAGUCUCUACUGAGGAUGCUGAUGAGACAGUGAAUGUUCCUCUCCCUCUAGAGACCAGAGUAGCUAUUCUUAACAACAGAAAGGAGUGCUUUGAGAGCAUAUUCAGCAGAUAUAUCAAGGAAUUGAGUUAA